GCAAAAGUUUUCCGCUGAGACGACGCCUUCCUCUGCGCCAAUCAGCUUUUUAUCCUCACCUGAUGAUCGACUCCUGAACUCCACAAACGCUUGUUUGUCCUCUACGGUGUCGCGAACGGUAAUGAAGACCUCUAUUGUGUCAGGAAAAUAUAUGUACCCUGUCAGUCAAGUUUAUUGAUGGUCGCUCAGUGGUCAGCGGUCUGAGCCGGCAAGGCCUAAAUGCUCUCAGAGGCACUGACCUCAUUUACAACCUAAGUUCCAAUACUUGUGCCAUGAAAUUGUAUUAAUUAAUUCACAAUGAAAAUGAUGUGGAUCUAAGAUGUUAUAUGUCUUUGUGUAAUCCACGUGUUGUCAAUCUAACCUGUCCGAGGCUCAGUAACAAUUCAAAUUUCGUCCCGAUAUCAGCAUUUUUCCAUCCAAAAAUGUAAGCGAUCUGCGCUCGUUACUUUUGAUAAUCAGCAACAUGAUUUUUGUCACGGCAGAUAUGAAUUGCGAACCGCUCCCGAUGCCUUUUUAUGCACGGUGGCGGCGGAUGAAGUUGCGUAAGUCCCCACUAAAGUCCCAGCUACCGAACAUGACUUACCACACUUAGUGUGCACGUCCAUGUUUGUGUACAAAGUGCAGCCACACAAAAGGUCGUCACCCUCUCCACGGUUUGCUCAACCUUGACUGAGUCACGAGCGUCAGGGGGCGUCUUCAAAAGCAGCAAACUCCUGGAACUUUGGAACAUUCGACGAGAUGCAACGACCUAGUUCGGUGGCCUUCCUCGUCCUCGUGUGCGCCGCCGCCGCGCUGGUUGGCGGGCUGGAUCCCAGGGGACCGCGGCCCAUAGAGCCCAACACCCGCUCGGACAAGUGCGCCACCCAGAAGGAGUGGCCAUUCUGCACCGACGAUGACUGGGGUCCCAAGUGCCCGUCUGGCUGCAGGAUCCAAGGUCUGAUGGACCACCAAGAUCACAGCCUACAGAAGAAAAUCGAGAAGAUACAAACUUUAGUGGAGCAGAACCAAGUCGGGCAUCACUCGGUCGAUCGGGUGACCAAGCAAAUGUACGAUUACCUGAAGGAGAAGCUCAUCCUGAACUCCGGUCAAGAGGACCGCUACUACAACUUGGCGCAGAGCCUUCGCCAGAGGAUCUCCGACAUGAAGGUGAAGAUCGACAGGCAGCUGCGGAUCCUGGCCGCCCUCCGCGACCGGGUGACGGAUCAGGUGGCCGACAUGCAGAAUCUGGAGGUGGACAUCGACAUCAAGUUGCGUUCCUGUAAAGGUUCUUGCAAGACUUACUCCGAGCACCAGGUGGACCACGACAGCUACGUGGCUCUGGACAAACAGAUGAAUCACCUUCAGGCCCAGCAGGUGCAGAGCAUCCAGUCCGUGCGCCAGUUGGAAGUGAUGCAAAGCAGGCCGUUGCAAGAAACGCUCCCAGGCGGUAUCUACAAGACCAAGGGUGUGCCAGACAUGUUCCACGAGGUGAAAUCGCUCAAGUUGACACUCGAGAAGGAAGGUUCCAACUCCUCUCCUGCAACCAUCUCGAAAGUUGCAGGUACUUCCAUCUUUGCAUCAGGCUCCUCCGCGUCCAUCUCUGAGCUCUCAGGAGGCCCCAAUGGAGACUUGUUUGGUGGCGGUGGAAACUUUGAAGACAGGCACCUUCACAGUAUCGACUCAAACAAUUGCGUGAUAAUGACCAAGAAAACCAUGGAGAUGACUAAGGACGGCCCCGUGGAAAAGCUAGUGGAGACCAGAGAGGGCGGUCCUGCCUGUCAGGGGGUGUCCGGCACCAAGGGAGAGCUGGAUUCCCUCCUGAGUCACGUCUCCACCAACAUCAAGACCGUUAACGUGGGCGGCGUCAAAGGAAGCCAAUCGGAUACUAAAACCGGCUUCUCGCAGACCUUCAAAGAGAUGGGCUUUGACAUGGGAAAGUUCCUUACUCACCACAUUGACGACGACGCUCCCGACGUGUACGCUCGCAGCAUACAAAGCGCACACGUCGAACGCCACAGCGAUUACGUGGGAAAAGAUUGCGUGGAUAUCUUCCACAAGCACAGCCAAGGGGAAACAAGCGGCAUGUUUAACAUCAAAGCCUCUGCCACCGCCGCCCUCGUGGGGGUUUACUGCCUCCAGGAGGGGCUGUUGGGCGGCUGGUUGUUAGUCCAGCAGAGAGAGAACAGCUUGCUCAACUUCAACCGAACUUGGGUCGAAUAUCGCGAAGGUUUCGGAAGUGUGGACGCGCAGGGGAGGGGGGAGAUGUGGCUUGGCAAUCAUAACUUCCACUUGUUGACCAACCAGGGUGAGACCCUGCUAAGGGUGGACAUGCAGGAUGGGGAGGGGGGCGUAACUACUGCAGAAUACAUCGUUAAGGUGGGUCCCGAGGAGGAGGGGUACCCAUUACAUGUUUCUGGCUACAGCGGCACCUCAGGAGACGCCCUUACAGAGCCCGACGCGGCAUCCUCUGUGUCCCACAACGGGAUGAAGUUCAGCAGCUGGGACCGAGACAACGACACAGGGGUGGGAAACUGUGCAGCGACACACGGUGGAGGCUGGUGGUAUAACAACUGCCAGUCGGCCAACCUCAACGGGGGCGACGGAGCGGUAUGGGCCGGUCGUCGCCUUAAGAGUGUGCAAAUGUUUGUGCGACCUGCCACACUGUGACCUCCCGGGCUGUCAUUUGGUUGUGUUGACGUUCCACCCAACUUUCCAGAAUGCUCUGCACUGAACUCAAUAAAGUAUCA